AUGGAUGUCAAUCACGCCAAGGAGAGGAGAAGAUUGCGCGAUCGCUUCAGCAAAGUGAUAACUCGGAAAAGAAGUGAAGGCAUGAUCAAGCGUUAUGCCAGCUGCACUUCCAUCGACAGCUCCAGCUCCAGCUCCAGCUCCAGCUCAGGCCAACGCACACCUCGCAAUAGCCAAGACAUCGGAUCCAACACCCUCACCACACCCUCUGAAUCUUCCCAAUCCUCCCAGGUGUCCUCGACAUCAACGUCCUACCCCAAAGCCUCACUCCUCGGCAUCCCCGGUGAGCUACGGAACCAAAUCUACCGCUACGCUCUCCUCGAAGACCAACUCAUAAAACUAAACCCCCAGGACCACCAACUCCCCGGCCUACUUCGCACAUGCCGACAAAUCGCAGACGAAGCCACUGACAUUUACCAAACGGAGAAUAACUUCCAGGUCGAUGCGUGGAAUAUGAAACUUUCUAUCCCGGAGAAUUAUGCGGAGCAUUGGAUGAGUUCGCUGGAGCAUUGCCAUUUUUGGAUUACGAUGCGGGGUGCGCCGGAUUGGGAGAAUUUUUGGGGGUGGUUGAGGAGGUAUUCGACGGGAGAGGUACCGGGCCUCGCUAGUGGACAGCCUUCGAAUGAAGCGGAAAUUCUGGCCCAGGCGUUUGAGAUUGUGCAUGGGUUGAAGAAGAAUUUGCAAUUUAAUCAGAUUCUGCCAGUUCUGGAGGCGUGGAAGAAGUCUGUGGUAUUGGCGGGGGCGGACUUUGUCUUUCCAUGA